AUGGUCUCCCCAGAUCUAGCUGCAGCUCUGCAGUCGAUUGCGAACAGCCCUGCUGCGUCCAGAAACCGCAAAUACACUGACCUUCUUGCCCGACUGACGAGCGAGCAUUCGACAUCGCCUGAGCAAUACGCUGCCGACUUGAAUGCCUACUUCGACUCGUUGCUCUCUUCUUCCCUUGGGAUUAUCUCUAUUCGCCCUCUGGUGGCUGGGCUCAUCGACCGGCUCGCCACCGCUCCAUCUGAGGUCAAAAUCAAAGUUGGGUCACAUGUCACUGAAGCCUUGCAGCCUCAGUUGGCCUCGUACGAAGAGCAGGAUGCAAGAGUCAGAGAGAUACUAGCGGACGGAUAUGAGGCAGAAGAGGAAUACACCGCGGCUGCAAAAGCACUACAAGGUGUCCAUCUCGAAACCACUCAGCGUCAGGUUUCCGAGCGAGCCAAAGUCGAGAUAUGGAUUCGCAUUGUGCGAUACUAUUUGGAGGAUGAUGACACUGUAGCGGCAGAAACGGCCUUGAACAAGAUCAAGAACUCGGCCGCUGCGGCUCACGUCUUGAAGGACGCUCCUGACCUGAGACUACACUACCAGCUAUCCCAGGCUCGUAUCUUGGAUUCUCGCCGAGACUUCCUCAAUGCCUCGGCCGAGUAUCUCAACGUGUCUUUCAACACAAUGAUAGCCGACGAAGAAAAACGACGAGCUCUGUCUGCAGCAAUCAAAACAGCUAUUCUUGCGCCCGCCGGACCCCAGAGAAGCCGGACUCUUGCUAAGUUGUACAAGGAUGAGCGAUCGCCAGAGACAGAGGAGUACGGCAUCCUCGAGAAUAUGUUUUUGGAUCGGCUCUUGUCAGCGACUGAAGUGGAGGCUUUCGCAGCGACAUUGUCACCUCACCAACUUGCUAAGACCGCAGACGGGAGCACGGUUCUGAGCAGGGCUGUCGUUGAGCACAACCUCCUCGCUACCAGCCGACUCUACAUCAACAUCACCACGGCAGCGCUUGCACAGUUACUCGGUCUCAAGGAUGGCAAGGAAGAGACUGCCGCUGAAAAAGCCGAAGACUAUGCCGCCAAAAUGAUGGAACAGGGUAGACUGAGGGGCGAAAUCGAUCAGAUUGCUGGCAUCAUCCAUUUUGAGUCAGUUCCUGGUGUUGCUCUGAGAGGUCCACUGCGUGAUCUCCGAGAAUGGGACCAGGGAGUGCAAGGUCUGGUUGAAGAUGUGGAGCGUUGCGCUGCAGGUAUCAGUGAGAAUUUCCCGGAUCUUGCAGCAGAACGUAUGUCGGACAGCAUCGCCAGAAUGUUUGUGGCAUCGCUCCUCUCGCCUUGGGCCCUUCUUCUCCUACCAGUCCUAUACUACAUCCUUCCAUAUCUCCGAAACUGGGCUCUUUUAAAGGUCCCUGGCCCUCUCCCAGCCGCCCUCUCGAAUCUAUGGUUGAUGUACCAAUGUCGGCGAGGGCGAAGAUAUCAGACUGUCGACGACCUGCACAAGAAAUACGGCAAGGUCGUGCGUAUCCAACCAAAUCAUGUCUCAAUUGCCGACGACAGUGCCAUCAACACUAUUUACGGCCAUGGUAACGGAUUCCUUAAGAGUGAAUACUAUGACGCUUUCGUAUCCAUUCGUCGUGGCCUGUUCAACACUCGCGACCGGGCAGAGCACACUCGCAAGCGCAAAGUCGUCUCUCACACCUUCUCUGCCAAGUCCAUUGGCCAAUUCGAACAGUACAUCCACGCCAACCUGGAGCUGUUUGUGCAAAAGUGGAGGAAUCUUUCUAACAACAAGAAGAAUCCGCAAACCGGCUAUGCUUCGAUUGAUUCUCUUCACUGGUUCAACUACCUCGCCUUUGACAUUAUUGGCGACCUUGCGUUUGGGCAGCCAUUCGGCAUGCUGGAGAAGGAGAAGGAUAUUGCAGAGAUCCGCAAGUCCCUCGAUGCUCCACCUACUACUGCCCCAGCCAUCGAAGUCUUGAAUCGUCGAGGUGAGGUGUCAGGCACACUGGGCUGCCUACCGCAAUUGAAACCUUACGCCAAAUACCUCCCUGACCCAUUCUUCAGCCAAGGCGUCGAAGCGGUGGAAAAUCUCGCAGGUAUCGCCAUUGCGCGAGUCAAGCAGCGACUGGACAAUCCCAAUACUGAUCGAGUGGACCUUCUCGCUCGUCUUAUGGAAGGCAAGGACGCCAAUGGUGAAAAGCUCGGACGCGAAGAACUGACCGCCGAGGCCCUCACGCAACUCAUUGCGGGAUCCGAUACCACGUCCAAUACCGCCUGUGCGAUCUUGUACUAUGUUGUACGCACCCCGGGUGUGCUCGAGAAAUUGCAAAAAGAACUUGACGCAAACAUUGGCCCGGGUGUCCCCCAGUACGAGCAAGUCAGGGAUCUCGAGUAUGUGCAAUGGGUGAUUAAUGAGACCAUGCGGAUCCACUCCACCUCGUCGCUGGGUCUUCCCCGUCUCACGCCCCUGCCGACACCUGACCAUCCAAAUCCCAAACCUGUCGAAAUCCUAGGCUACACUUUCCCUCCCGGCACUGCUCUGUCCGUUCCCUCAUAUACGAUCCAUCACUCCAAGGAAAUUUGGGGUCCUGACGCCGACGAAUUCGUCCCUGAGCGCUGGUCGGAAAAGCGACUUACGCCGCGACAAAAGGAGGCCUUUAUCCCCUUCUCGGUCGGACCCAGGGCGUGUGUCGGCAGGAACGUAGCCGAAAUGGAACUGAAAUGCAUGGUCGCAUCAGUAUUCAGGAACUUUGAGUUCCGAGACGAGCACGAGGGCCCGCUACAGACAAGGGAGGGCUUCCUCAGAAAACCUUUGGGAUUUAACGUCGGCAUUCGUGUGAGGGCCAAUGCUUGA